AUGGUACAUUACGUCUCUCGCAGCAGUCAGACCGACAUCCAAGGCCUCUGCAAAGACCCGGCGCCUCGUCCGCAGGCGCUCAUUUCACCUCAAGCCGCCACAGGCACACCUACACCACCGGACGACAUGGCCCUUGAUAAGUCGCAGUUCCCCGUGCCAGACGCUCCCCAAAAGUCAUACCCACCAACGGGCGACUACAACACAACCAACAUGCAGCCCAGCAUGCUCCUCAAGCGCAAAGCGCGGCCCGUCCUGAAGGCCCGCAUCUCCAUACCCGGUCCAGCCAUAUUCGACGAGAACCCUCGAUCACCACCACCCACCGAGGCUGUAAUGUCGCCUCUCCCCGCCGCGAACAAACUCCACGCCGGCCACACACCCAUACUACCACGCGCUCUCUCGCCCCUCCCACCUUCCGAAGGCCCUUCCUCCCCCGGCGAAGAGUACCUGAGCGGCCCGCUCACGCUACCUCCACAGCCAGGCGACGGCGCAGACGACACCAUAUCGCUGCACGUGUUGGAUCAGGAGCUGGAGAAGCUACGGAUUGCGCAGGAACGCUCAAGCUCCCGUAGUGAUUCUGCGGAGCCGGAGGGAGAGGUUAGGCAUGAGGACGACGCUAUGCCGCUUAGCCGGCGGACGUCGAAAGAAAGCCGCAAGACGCCUCCCGAUGAGGUUAUUGAUGGCGUAUUACUCAAGAAGCAGAGGAUGAACAUGGGCGCGCCCUUGGGGCAGGCUUAG